AUGGCCAGCUGGCACGACGCGCCCUAUCUCCAUUUUCCCAACAGCACCUAUCUCGACUCCCUCUCUAACAAUACCGACCCAUAUACGAUUUACUACGGUCAGAAAGCGGUAGUUUCGGAAAAACAAGUAUUGGUCUAUGGGAUAAUUAAUAUACUGGGUAUAGUCUUUUUGGGGUUAUCGGUGGCAACGAUCCUUUUGUCUGGAACAAGAGUAUCAAACAAGGUAUCACAGAUAAAGAUCAAACGAUUGAGCCUCACCACGACUACUACGAAAUCAUCUACGACCACGACUAAUACUCGUAAUAGUAUUAUUAGGAGGAAGACGACAACACCUAUACAUCGUAUUCAACGUGAUCCAUGUCUGAUCAAUUCGUUCAUCGUCAUUAUCCUGGUUAGUAUGUUGAACUUGUUAUAUUGGUUUGCGAGUGGAGGCAGGAUAGAUACAGAGGAGAUUUUAUACCUGCCUCAUGCUCGGUUAUGUAGAGCUCAGGCUAUAUUGCAAGCUGGAUCCCAAGCUGCUCAAGUCAGUGUGGUGCUUUCGGUAGUACUUAGGCUAUGGCUCAAAACUAUCACAUUGACGAGACCUUAUUUCGAUAAAUUCAGAGGACGUUUCACGCUCUUUUUCUUACUGGUAUUACCGUAUUUGUUCGUCAUAGGUUUCAUGCCAAGCAUGACCAUUUUAACGUCCAAUGCGAAAAAUCCUAUUCUUAUUCCCACUCCUUUUUAUUGCUCUUUACUUGAUUUACACAUGUGA